AAUUUUUAAUAUUGUAGUGUAUAUUUGACAUUGUUAAUUGUAUUAUACUGUAACGACUGUAAAGUGGGAUUUACCCAUGGAUGGAAAUAAAGAUGAUGCUUUGAAAUGCAUCAGAAUUGCUACCAAUGCUCUGCGCAAUGGAAAUGAAGGAAAGGCCAUUAAGUUUCUAAAGAAAUCCAUUCAGUUAUUUCCAACAAAGGAAGCAAAUGAAAUAUUAAAGAAACUCACAGAGCAAAGGACAACAAACGGUCAUCCUAAGACCAAUGGAUCGGCUCAUGGAUAUGGAACCUUUAAUCAAGAACAGAAAAAUACUAAACCAACAAAAGAAAACACUGAAAGUGAAAAUGCGAAUUUAGAAAACGAUUACACACCUGAGCAAUAUGAUGCAGUCAAAAGAGUGAAGAAGAGUAAGGAUUACUACUCUAUCCUCGGUGUUGAGAAAGAAGCUUCAAGUUCAGAUUUAAAAAAGGCUUACAGAAAACUUGCACUUCAGUUGCAUCCAGAUAAGAAUAAAGCUCCUGGAGCUACUGAUGCUUUUAAAGCUGUUGGAAGGGCAUUCGGAGUCCUGAGCGAUUCAGAAAAGAGACGAGAAUAUGACUUAUAUGGACCUGAAGAAGAGAAUACUCCAAGAACUCGCCAGAGAUAUUCUCACAGAAGACAUCAUUAUGAUGAUGUUGAUCCUGAUGAAAUAUUUAACAUGUUUUUUGGAGGUGGAUUUCCUUCAGGAAAUGUUAGGGUUUUUCGAAGAGGAAAUACAUUUUAUUCAUAUGGUAAUAGGGGACAACGAGAUCAUGACGAACAAAUGCAAGGGAACAAUGUCGCUGCUUGGUUACAGUUCAUGCCUGUACUCGUUCUACUACUUCUUACUUUAUUCAGCAAUGUUCUUAUUAGGGAAAACCCUUACAGUUUAUAUCCACAUGGUGACUAUGCAUAUACAAAAACUACAACUAAUCUCAAAGUUAAUUAUUACGUCAAACAUAAUUUUAAUCAAGAAUAUAAAGGUGCCGAUUUACGGCGAUUAGAACGAAAUAUAGAACAAGAAUAUGUUGAUUAUUUGAGAGGAAACUGUUAUCAAGAAAGAGUUAAAAAGGAAAAUUUGAGAAGAAAAGGAAUAUAUUUUUCAAAUGCGGACUACAUUAAAAAAGCAGACAGUAUGGCAACUCCAAGUUGUGAUCGUUUAGAAGAGCUUUACGGCUCAUCAUAGAAUCAAGUCUUUUACUUUUACAUCAAAGAGAUUAGCCUGAUGACUAACUGACACAAGCUCCCACUGAGGCUCAUGUUUCUCAAUUGCACUUACAUGAUGGUACAUUGAAAUCUCUUUUACUUUUGGAACUGGAAAUAGACAGACAUGUCAUUAUCGUGAAUUUUGAAGGGAUGUAU